UGCAAAGUUUCGUGCGGCUGCGCGGGCCUCUCAUCCCUCAUAAGAGCGUCUCUCUCGGCAUUUUACCAUGCCUCCCACCCGAGACCCUUUCCAGCGCCCUACAUUGGAUAACGAUGAUUCCUACUUGGGAAAACUGCGGACUUCCAAGAAACUGCCAUAUAAGAACCCAACUCACCUUGCUCAGCAACAGGAACCCUGGAGUCGGCUCAGCUCAACUCCCACAGCCAGCUCCAUGAGGCGGGAUGCUUAUUUUUUUGAUCCUGAGAUACCAAAGGAUGACCUGGAUUUCCGCUUAGCAGCCUUGUAUGACCACCACACAGGGACAUUCAAGAACAAAAGUGAGAUACUGUUACAUCAGGAGACCACCCAGGAUACCCAUGGAAUCAAGAUCCAAUUCCCUGGAGAAUGUUUACCCCCUCCCCCGCUGCCCCCCAUCACUUCCCGAGCUAACAUCAGACACUGGAUCAACCCUAAGAAGGAGUCCAUCCACAGCAUCCAGGGAUCCAUAGUGUCCCCUCACACUGCAGCCACCAAUGGAGGCUACUCCCGAAAGAACGAUGGUGGCUUCUUCUCCACCUAGUGUUGACAGGCCCCCGGACUAUUUAAUCAUAGUGGAACAUCUGCCGCCCACCUCCAUUAAAUAGAUUUGUGAAG